AUGUUAGGUUUAACACAAACCAAGGUUACUAUCACAAACAAAUCCCAAGUACAAACAAUGAGUGACCAAUGUCAGUGGAAAUUGGAGGCAAAAACGGUAGCAGGCAGUGAAUUAAGUCAGUCAUUCACUACAUUAGCAGGAUUUUGGUAUCCUACUGAUUUCCGUCUUGAUUUGACGUCAAAUGGCGUUUUUGUCGCUGAUCCAGCAAACAAUAGAAUUAUCAUUUGGCCUGCAAAUUCGACUGUUGGAAUACCGUUAAUUUCGACUUUUGAGAGUGAUAGUAAUGGUAUAUUUUAUGGUAGUAAUAGUUUGUAUGUAACACUACUUUCGGGCGUGAGAAAAUAUAAUAUUAAUGGUACGAAUGCAGAAAACUGGGAACAAGUGAUUGAUAUCGGAGCGAACGAUGUGUUUUAUGAACAUAUAUUCGUCGAUGCAUAUGGUAAUAUUUACGUUUCGGACAGUUGGAACAAUCUCAUCGUCAAAUGGUUACCAGACGGAAGUGAUGCCCGUGUCGUAGCAGGCGGUAAUUAUGCGGGUAAUGACUCAAAUCAGUUGUCACAUCCAACAGGUGUUUAUAUCACUAAUGACGAGGCACUGUUUGUAGCCGACACUGAUAAUCAUCGUAUCCAAAUGUGGCUAAAAAAUGCUGAACAAGGAACUACAGUCGCCGGUGGAAACGGCGCUGGGCUAGCAGCCAAUCAGCUCGAUCAACCCACUGCCGUAAUACUCGAUAACAGAAGAAUGUACAUGUAUAUUUCAGACGGUGCAAAUUUUCGAAUUCAGCAGUGGCUAAUCGGUGCAACAAACGGACGAACGAUAGCGGGCACAGGCAUCGGAGGUGUCAACUCAAAUCAGCUGCUACUGCCUGAACAACUUCAGUUCGAUACGAACUAUAAUUUGUUUGUACUGGACUCGCAAAAUAGUCGUGUACAAAUGUUCCGUAUCCUCAAUGCUAGUUGUUUGGAUAAUAAUUCAUCAAUAACGACAUCGCCACCCACACUAACAUCUACCAAUGUUCUACCAACGAGAACACCAACAGCUCCGGAGGAAGCAAGACUUAAUCUUUGUCCGUCAGCUGUUUGGAACUCAACUGGUAUAACGGUAAUUGAUCAAAUCGGUGGACCGUUCGAGCUUGUGAUAGAUUCUUCAAAUACCAACAUGUAUAUAAGCACUACGUCUAAUCUAGUCGAGUGGUCAUUGAAUUCAUCAAGUCUUACUAAUAUACAAGAUGUACAACUACCUGGUAGUCUGUUUAUUGACAAAAAUGACAAUUUGUAUGUAAUUGAUAAAAUUUGUACGUGUUCGGACAUCGAUUACGACUUGAUGGACUGUGGUUGCGUAAAAACAUUUUCUGUUCGGAAUCCUGGUGAUGACAAUAACGUUUCAAUCGUGGUUGGCAAAUAUGCUCAAAAUUCAGGUCUAAUGUACGGAUUGACUGUCGAUGCAGAUGGUAAUAUAUAUUCCACAAAUGUUGCAUUUAAUCGUAUUCAAAUGUGGAUGCAACCAAACAUGUAUAUAAUGAGAGUCGUUGCUGGUAACCAAAUUGGUUAUGAUCCUGGUAAACAAUCUUAUCAGCUUAAUACUCCAUGCGGAAUCGAUGUUGACAACGAAAGCAGCUUAUAUGUGGCCGAUACCAAUAACAACAGAAUUCAAAAAUGGGCAAAAAACGCUCAAACGGGAUUAACAGUAGCAGGUGGGCAUGGCAGUGGUUACGCGAUAAAUCAGUUACACUAUCCACAGUAUGUUAUUGUGGACAACAACCAUAAUUUGUAUAUUUCGGACAGUGGAAAUAAUCGGGUGGUUCGAUGGCUGUACCAAGCACAGAAUGGAACAGUAAUUGCUGGUGAAGGUGAAACGCUGUUAAACAAUCCAUUAGGAGUAGGAUUUGAUUCCAAUUAUAACUUGUAUGUAGCCGAUUCGAGAAAUGAUCGGAUAUUGCGGUUCAAUCUGCUUGAUAAUGGCUGUAAUGGUGAGUAAAUACCAUUGUUUCCUGACUUAAAGCCGAAGUUCAUGAAAACUGAGGACCUGUGCUCUGCUCAUCCAGAAAGAGAACUGCUUGAUAUACUGAAGGUUCAUUUCCGGUGAUCUGCUUGUCUUGUGUUCAUCUGUUCUAACAUGUCAGUGACCGAUGUGACACUACUUAAUAACUUAUCGUAUAUAAUACAACGAUUAUCUUUAGUAUUAAUUAUUAUCAGGUAUUAUCUUUUACAUGAGAUUACAGAAAAGUCUUUCAAAAUGGUUAUUUCCAAAGAAAAACAGAAGAAGAAACUGUUCAAAAAGGGAACUUCAUAAUUCCGCUCCGAAACAUCCCAUUGUUUUGUGACCAGUUCCCUGAACUAUGGAAUGGAAGUGGUAGAUUCAGAAAAUCUUUUUGAUGCUAAAAAGCGAAGAUUCUGCUCACCAAAAAACCUAGAAAACUUGUUAAAAUAUACCAGAAAUAUGAGGAAUUUCCGAGAAGCUGUAGAAUUAUGGUUUAUUUUGUUACACAUAUUAUCUUUAAGCUGCACAGUCGGAUUUUCAAUUGGCCAGAGAUGGGCGAGUCAGUAGUGACUCGGACUAAAGGUAAGGCCAGAUACGUUUUUGACUGACCUUGACCUCAGACUACUAUCGACGCCAGAAGUCAAGGUAGGUGGAUGUUUUUUGAAUAAGUGUUUUUGAGUCUCGUGACAAUAUUUGUUUUUAGAAAAAGUUUUAAAAAUCUAUCGAAAAGCCAGUUUUACGAAAAUUAGGGUUUUCAGGCUGUUUUCACUCAAUAUUAAAACAUUCACUAUUCACUC